GUGCUCGUCUCUUCUUCGUCAAACAUUUCCACCAUUUUCGUUUCUUAGAUCUUUCUUCAGCUCGUCUCUUCUUCAGUCGUGGGUUUUAUUUACCCAUCUUCUUAUAAUUUCUAGUUACAAUACUCUGGGUCACAUUUCCGAUAAAACCCUAGUUUUUUCCUUCUUCCAGUGCGAUCAUUAGUACUGUAAUUGGAGUCUCUUCUGUGAGAUUCUUAGUAAUGGAGACCGCUUCGAGCGUAGCAGCAACUCGUGGCGGUUCCCUUCAGAUUCCGUCGCCGACGGCUCCGUCUAGGAAAGAAUGGCAUGCCGUUUCGGAUUCACAAAACGUUGGAGACGCCACAGAUUAUGUGGAUGUGGAACAGUUGAAGCUAAACCGGACGGAUGAGAGAACGAUAUAUGAGAGUGGAAGGGAGCAGGAUGGUUUUUCAAAUAGUGAGAUGUUGCAGCAACAGAUUCUUAAUGUUUCUAGAAAGAAAGGAGAACUUCAGCAGUUAGAGAUUGAGCUUCGAGCUCAGCUGUUUGCGAGACAUGAGAUCAUGGAAAUCCAGAGCAACUAUGAAUCUCAAUUCACAGAGUAUGCUAAUGCUGCUGCUAGAAUGCAGGAGCAACUUCAUGAGAAGGAGAGAUCUAUUCGGGAGGCAGAGAGGAAGUUAGAAGAGAAAGACAGAGAGCUGCAUGCCAUUAAACUGGAUAAUGAAGAAGCAUGGGCGAAAGAGGGUAUCUUAAGAGAACAAAAUAAAGAACUUGCCACAUUCAGACGAGAGCGUGAUCAUUCUGAAGCUGAGAGGUCCCAAAAUAUACAUAAAAUAUCUGAACUUCAGGAGCAUAUUCAAGAGAAAGAGAGCCAGCUCAGUGAAUUGCAGGAACAAAAUAGGAAUGCUCAAGAAACUAUCUUGUACAAGGAUGAGCAGCUAAGAGAAGCGCAAGGUUGGAUUGCCCGUGCCCAAGAGAUAGAUGCUUUACAAUCAUCCACAAAUCAUUCGUUGCAGGCGGAAUUGCGAGAACGUACAGAGCAGUAUAACCAGCUCUGGCAUGGUUGUCAGAGACAGUUUGCGGAGAUGGAGAGAUUGCAUGUGCAUACAGUGAAACAACUUCAGCUUGAGCUAGCCAAUGUAAGGGAAGCUGGUGGUUCUCUAACAAAUUCCAGUGGUGCCUCCCAAACUAUUCAGAACAGCGGGAACCAAUUUGAUGCUCAUGGAAACAGCGCAGAAAGUGCAAACACUAGUGUCCAUUCAAAUGGAAAAAGCUCAGAUAACAUAUCAUCUUUUACUUCACCUGAUGAUAAGGCUACCCAGAACAACCGUGUUGAUGGGGUGUCAUCUUCUAAUCUUGGAGCGUAUGGGUACCUUCAAGCGAGUCAGAUGACCCCUCUGCAUUCAUUUUUCAUGCAGCAACAAGAGAUUUCUCAGUUUGUUCAACCACAGGUCGCUUCACCUCAUGUUACGCAGUCAGUUUUGCUGCAGCAAAAGGCUGUACCAGAUAAUUCACAGAUGCCUACUCAGAAUCAUGUGCAUCCAUCUCAAGGUGUUCAUGGCUUGGUAGGUUCUGAUCUGAAGAGUGAAUACCGAGUGCCUCCCAACGGACAAUCCUUUGGUCAGGGGUAUAGAGAUGUUCAAACUAGCCAAGUAGCACAAUACAGAUCUACUACACAAUCGUCCUCUGUGAAUGAACAGGCAGUGGAAUCUGGCAAUGGAGAUUAUAAUGGGUCGAGUCACUUGGAGAAUAACUUUCAAGACAUUUCUUCACAGUUCCGAGAUGCGCUAAGGCUUGAUUCCCAUGCCCAUAAUUCGAAACCUGAGGAAGCUAAUGGCCAGGUUUCACCUGAUGAACACAAUAGUUCUACAUCCAUUGUGCCUGAAACUCUAUUCUCAUCUGGGAAACCUGAGAGGAACCCGGAGAGUACUCUGCUUGAUGAAAGGUCACUUUUGACAUGCAUCCUCCGUACUAUACCAGCUGGUGGAAGAAUCAGAAUUAGUUCAACGCUUCCAAACCGUCUGGGAAAAAUGCUAGCCCCUCUGCACUGGCAUGAUUACAGGAAAAAGUACGGGAAGCUGGACGAUUUUGUUGCUAGCCAUACUGAGCUAUUUGUGAUAGAGGACGACUACAUUCAAGCUAGAGAAGGUGCACAAAAAAAGGUAGCAGCUUCAGCAGCAGCAGCCAAAGUGGCAGCAGCAGCUGCAGCGUCGUCAUCCCCACACUCCAUAUAUGUGGCUAUGACUCCUAUGGCUCAGUCUCAGGGGUUAGGCAGUCGGAAGAGGUAGGCAGAUCUCCUGACUAUAUGGCGAAGCAACAACGAAAGGUCUGAUUUUACAAGUCAAGCUUUCGAAAGUGGAAGGCAUAUUAGAAUGAGGCAAAACAUUCAAAAGUGGAAGGCAUAUUAGAAUGAGGCAAAACAUUCUCAUAUCUUGCUUUCAUUUUUAGGUGAACUAAUCGCCAAUGCUCUAAGCUAAGAUAUACACAUGAUUUUACUUUUGCCCUUUUAAUAGUAACCAUGCUCAAAAUUAACAAUGUUAAAUUUAACAUUCUAAGAGUCGGCCAUUGAAAUUCAGUAAA